CACCCCACGCCCCCUGGUGCGCACACUCAAUCCGACGCAGCCAGCGCACCGCCCACCCAGGUCCGCUAGCACCAGUGGGUGUGCUCGCGGGGGAAACUGAGGCAAGGAGCGUGCUUGUGAGUGCGUUCCUUCCUCAGUCCACGCCUCAGGGCCCGCGAAGCUGCCCUCCUCCACCCUAGACCUGCAUGAAACAGCAGGGAAGAACGGAAGGAAGGGGAGGGGGGCCCAAAGCGAGCAGGGUCCAAGGAGCUGGCCGGUCCUGCCACACUCAAGAUGGCGGAGCGGCAGCGGCGAGGUCCCUCAGAGGCGGUACCAGCGCAUGCGCAGCGCGGAGUCCCGGCCCGGGACACAAGAUGGCGGCAGCGGCGCUGGGGAGGGCGAGGCGGAGGCGGCAAAACGGGCGGUCGAGCAGAACGUGUAACCGCGUCCCCUCGAGUCCGCUACGGGCAGUUGCUGAUGCAAGAAAUCCCCUGGGCCCCCGUCCACUCCACUGCUGACCAGCCCACCCGCCUGCGCUGAGCUUUCCUGCAGGCCUUCCCACUGCCUCUGUGGGACCCUGUGACGUGGGGGUCCAUCCGGCUGGAGAAGAAAAUCCUCUCAUGCUAGCAUUGCAGACCCCAGAGGGUGAGAGAAAGUGAGACCUCGUUCAGCCUUGAGACCGGUGGGCCCAGCCCCAAGGCAUCAGGAAUUCCUCCUCCCCAGAGAACCAAGGCAGCUCCCUUGGUCAGUGGUUCCAAACCUUUUCGUUAUCCUGGCCCCCUUUUGUUGUAUGUCCGGUGUGGAUGCCGAGAUGGCCAAUGAGAAUCACGGCAGCCCUCGGGAGGAAGCGUCCUUGCUGAGUCACUCCCCAGGCACCUCCAAUCAGAACCAGCCCUGUUCUCCGAAGCCCAUCCGCCUGGUGCAGGACCUCCCAGAGGAGCUGGUGCAUGCGGGCUGGGAGAAGUGCUGGAGCAGAAGGGAGAACCGUCCCUACUACUUCAACCGAUUUACCAACCAGUCCCUGUGGGAGAUGCCCGUACUGGGCCAGCAUGAUGUAAUUUCGGACCCUUUGGGGCUGAAUGCGACCCCCCUGCCCCAAGACUCAAGCUUGGUGGAAACCCCCCCGGCUGAGAACAAGCCCCGAAAGCGGCAGCUCUCGGAAGAGCAGCCCAGCGGCAAUGGCGUGAAGAAGCCCAAGAUUGAAAUCCCUGUAACACCCACGGGCCCAUCGGUGCCCAGCUCCCCCAGCAUCCCAGGAACCCCUACACUGAAGAUUUGGGGGACGUCCUCUGAAGAUAAACAGCAGGCAGCUCUCCUCCGACCCACUGAGCUGUACUGGGACCUGGACAUCCAGACCAACGCUGUCAUCAAGCACCGGGGGCCCUCGGAGGUGCUGCCUCCCCAUCCUGAGGUGGAGCUGCUCCGCUCCCAGCUCAUCCUGAAGCUUCGGCAGCAUUACCGGGAGCUGUGCCAGCAGCGAGAGGUGCCCUCCCCGUGUCUCCUGGGUGCAGCCUGCCGCCUGAAUCCAGACCUUCAUCAGCUCUCCUGUCCUGCAGGCAUUGAGCCCCCUCGGGAAUCCUUCAACCGCUGGAUGCUGGAGCGCAAGGUCGUGGACAAAGGCUCUGAUCCCCUGUUGCCAAGCAACUGUGAACCGGUCGUGUCACCUUCCAUGUUUCGCGAAAUCAUGAAUGACAUUCCCAUCAGGUUAUCUCGAAUCAAGUUCCGGGAGGAAGCCAAGCGCCUGCUCUUCAAAUAUGCAGAGGCUGCCAGGCGGCUCAUCGAGUCCAGGAGUGCCUCUCCCGACAGCAGGAAGGUGGUCAAGUGGAACGUGGAGGACACCUUCAGCUGGCUGCGGAAGGACCACUCCGCCUCCAAGGAGGACUACAUGGAUCGCCUGGAGCACCUGCGGAGGCAGUGUGGGCCCCACGUCUCGGCCGCAGCCAAGGACUCCGUGGAAGGCAUCUGUAGUAAGAUCUACCACAUCUCCCUGGAGUAUGUCAAACGGAUCCGAGAGAAGCACCUUGCCAUCCUCAAGGAAAACAACAUCCCAGAGGAGGUGGAGGCCCCCGAGGUGGAGCCCCGCCUGGUGUACUGCUACCCAGUGCGGCUGGCCGUGUCUGCACCCCCCAUGCCCAGCGUGGAGAUGCACAUGGAGAACAGCGUGGUCUGCAUCCGGUACAAGGGCGAGAUGGUCAAGGUCAGCCGCAACUACUUCAGCAAGCUGUGGCUCCUUUACCGCUACAGCUGCAUUGACGACUCUGCCUUUGAGAGGUUCCUGCCCCGAGUCUGGUGUCUUCUCCGACGGUACCAGAUGAUGUUUGGCGUGGGCCUCUACGAGGGGACAGGCCUGCAGGGAUCGCUGCCCGUGCACGUCUUCGAGGCCCUCCACCGACUUUUUGGCGUCAGCUUUGAGUGCUUUGCCUCACCCCUCAACUGCUACUUCCGCCAGUACUGCUCCGCCUUCCCUGACACCGAUGGCUACUUUGGCUCCCGCGGGCCCUGCCUGGACUUCUCUCCCCUGAGCGGCUCCUUCGAGGCCAACCCUCCGUUCUGCGAGGAGCUCAUGGACGCCAUGGUCUCCCACUUCGAGAGACUGCUCGAGAGCUCGCCAGAGCCCCUGUCCUUCAUCGUGUUCAUCCCCGAAUGGCGGGAACCCCCGACCCCAGCGCUCACCCGCAUGGAACAGAGCCGUUUCAAGCGCCACCAGCUGGUCCUGCCUGCCUUCGAGCAUGAGUACCGCAGCGGCUCCCAGCACGUCUGCAAGAAGGAGGAAAUGCACUACAAGGCCGUCCACAACACAGCCGUGCUCUUCCUGCAGAACGACCCCGGCUUUGCCAAGUGGGGGCCCACCCCCGAGCGACUGCAGGAGCUGAGCGCCGCCUACCGGCAGUCGGGCCGCAGCCACGGCUCCGGCAGCUCAUCAUCCUCCUCGGAGGCCAAGGACCGGGACUCAGGCCGGGAGCAGGGCCCCAGCCGGGAGCCUCACCCCACUUAACACAUCCUGCGGGGAGGCGGAGCCCCAGGGUGCUGGUAUGGACUGCAGGGGCUCAGGCUCCUUCUGGGUGGCAGCAGGACUCAGGCUGCCAAUGACGUAGGAAGAUCAUGGCUCUGCCAGGGCUCCCCCUCCCUGCCCCAUCCCCCAGCUGCCCACCUCAGACUCACUCCAAGCCCCCUGUAAAUAGGCCCCACGCCUCUCCUUCCUCCCCUUACCCCAUCUUGUUGCCACCUUGUUUCAUUUGUAAAAGGAAAUACAGAAACCUCCCAGGAA